GUUGGCGCGCAACCCCAAAUUUCGGGCCUGUUAUCGCGCCCAAAGUCUCUCUCUCUCUUUUAGUACCCCGGCCGGGCCGCGUGAGAGAACUGAGAACCCAAGCCUUGAGAGAGAAAAGAGAGAGAGGGGAAGGGACGAGCACAGGGGAGGUGAGCGAGCACAGGAACACUUAGCCAAGAUGUGCGUCUCCAUGACCUGCGUGUUCAAGUUCGUGUCCAAGACGUUGGGAUCUUUCCCGGAUCUACUGGUCAAGAUGUUGACAUUCAUCGGCGUUGUGACAGGCAUGUUUUUUAUGGGCAACACCGUCUCUGAUCCAUCAUCUGUCAUCAACGGACUCAAAAACUUCAACACCACAUCCACAUCUCCUACCUGCGACGGCAAGCAAGUGGCCCAUCAUUACAAAAAUUUGGCUUUCGAUAUUACUUUUCUUUCCAUUGCCAUGGCACUCGCAGCCUGUGUCGUGUGCUGUGUCAAGAUUAUCGUGGACGCCGGUGCCCGGGAGGAAGAGGAAGAGGAGGCCGACCCCAUUCCUGCCCGGCGGGCUAACCUUGAGCACGAGAGCGCGUGUCAGGCUUAUGGGGCCGCCUGGAAUACCGAAGACGACGCCAGGCGCGCCUUCAUGGAGAUGCAGGCCGCCUUCUACCACGCCGGCAAGGUCGCCAACGACGCCAGAUCCAAAGCCAAUCGAGCUGUCCAAGCUGCCAAUGCGGACUUGGACGAAGCCAAGACCAACCCAGCCGACGACGUGGUUGCCGCGCAGAACGAAGUUGCGAAGGCGGAGGAGAAUCUCGAAGUCAUCACCAAGCAACUCAAGGAAGCAGAAGCCGAUGUCACCCGGAAGGAAACUGCGACUUGCGAGGCCAAGAAAUCCAAGGAGGAUGCAAAGAAGGCUGCCGACGCCUUCAAACCCAAGACUGGUAUGGCCCGUUUCCCUUGUUCGAUAAGGUGGAUUCUGCGUGCGUUGGUUCUGUUUGCCACCGUGGUGUCCAUUUACUCGUGCAUAGUCGCGACCCAUUCCUUCGUGGAGCUGCUCGAGUACAAGACUGGGUGUGUUCGCUUCGAGGGUGAUUCAGAGAGUCGUCAUGUGGCCCGUAUCGCCUUGUCCAUCUUCAGGGGCUUGCUGUAUCUCGCAUUCAGCCUCCUUCAUCUCAUGUUUGCGUUGGGGGCUCUCUGCACUAACUGACUGGCCAGAGCUAGCGGGUCUAGCAGGAUGAUGAUGCAUGCAUUGCAUUGCAGUGUGUGUGAUCCAUCCAGUCUUUUCUUGUGUAAGCAUGUGGUUCUGUACGUCUAGGGAAUUCUAUGGACUGGUCGAUGGUGGGUUAAGUUGGAGGUUCUACCUGGUGUCUCCCAAGGUUGAUGCUUUCUGCGAGGGAGGAAGAUCAACAUGUAUCCCAGUAAUUUAGAAGCGUCUAGUUUGCUCUACUGUACUGUUUAAUUUUUCAAGUCCUAUCAUUGAACUCUGCUGAUCGAGAAUGCAGUACCAGUUGUA